AUGGAUAUUCCUCUACAGGCUGGUUGGAUGGUAAGGAAAAUGUUUGAGGCUAGAAAUACAUUGGUACUGAUUCAAAACAACACUGUUGGUAGUUUAAUUAAGCAGAUAUAUCUUCAGUUAAUUGGGAACAACGAGAGGAUUUCAUGGAAGAGACUGAGAUUUGGAAAUAAUGCUCAUCCAAAAGCUCAAUUUACAUUAUGGCUACAGAUGCAGGGUAAAUUUCUGACUGUGGAUAGAAUUGCCUCCUUGGGUGUAAAUGUGGAUCAUGCCUGCAAUCUAUGUAAUAGUCACAAUGAAACGAGAAACCAUAUCUUCAUGGAAUGUCCUUACUCUGUCAAAAUUUGGGAAAGUGUGCUAAAAUGGAUGAAGGUUCCUGUUUCAGGACAACACAAUGGGAACAACUGGAGAAUUGGAUCAUUCAAAUAG